UUCAAAAUUUUGAAACAGCUCUCUCGAACUCGAAGGCAUCUCUACUCUUCCGCUUCUCUAUUUUCCGUUAUCAGCACUGGAAACAUGGUUGUUGCACAGAAAUUGAAGGAAUCAGAGAUCACGGAGCAGGAUUCUCUUCUCCUGACGAGAAAUCUACUGCGCAUCGCUAUAUUCAAUAUCAGUUAUAUCAGAGGUCUUUUUCCCGAAAAGUAUUUCAACGAUAAAUCCGUUCCUGCUUUAGAGAUGAAGAUCAAGAAGCUUAUGCCCAUGGAUGCAGAGUCUCGAAGAUUGAUUGACUGGAUGGAAAAAGGUGUAUAUGAUGCGUUGCAGCGGAAGUACCUUAAAACGCUUCUAUUCUGCGUGUGUGAGGCAGUGGAAGGGCCGAUGAUUGAGGAAUAUGCUUUUUCUUUCAGCUACUCCAGUUCUGACAGUCAGGAGGUCUCGAUGAACGUCACUCGCACUGGAAACAAGAAACAGGGAGGAACGUUCAAGUGUAACUCCACAGCCGAAAUAACUCCCAACCAGAUGAGGAGUUCUGCUUGUAAGAUGGUUCGGACACUGGUUCAACUGAUGAGAACAUUGGAUAAGAUGCCCGAGGAGCGCACCAUAUUGAUGAAACUCCUCUACUACGAUGAUAUUACGCCAGUCGAUUAUGAACCUCCAUUCUUUAGGAGCUGCAAAGAGGAAGAGGCACAUCACCCCUGGAGUAAAAAUCCAUUAAAGAUGGAGGUUGGGAACGUCAACAGCAAGCAUUUUGUAUUAGCUCUCAAAGUAAAGAGCGUGCUUGAUCCGUGUGAGGAUGAAAAUGAUGAUAAUGAAGAGAAUGAAAUUAGCUUAGGAGCUGACUCGGAACAAAGGCACGGGUUUUCUGAAACUGACAGUGAGGUUGACCCUUCUCCAGAAGGCGAUUAUAUUGUUGCUCCAAGAGAAAAACUGCAAAAACAAGAUAAUACUAGCAAGAUUGAUGAAGAUGAUACACAGGAUCCAGAGGAAGAUGAACAACAGUUAGCCAGGGUGAAGGACUGGAUCAAUAGUUACCAAUACGACAAAUUAGAAAUUACUGAUGUUCUUUCAAAUUUUCCUGACAUCUCGGUGGUUUUAACCGAAGAAAUUAUGGACAAGCUUGUUAACGAAGGUGUUCUAUCCAAGACCGGAAGAGAUUCUUACAACAUCAACAGGCAGAAGGCGUUUGACUAUGAAUUCGACUUGGUGAAGGAAGAAAUCGAUGGUCAAAUAGACAAAAUUGGUAUGAAAGCUGCCACUGUCCACGAUCUCGUGUAUAUGAAGGCUUUAUAUCAUACUCUUCAAAUGAGUUAUGUCACGGUUGCAAAGCUUCAAAACAAGCUUGAAGGAGAGGCCAAUCCGACCACAGUGCGUAAAAUGAUUGAUAAGAUGAUUCGAGAUGGUUUUGUUGAAUCCAAAGGGAGCCGAAGACUGGGUAAACGUGUGAUCCACUCAGAUUUGGCUGAAAAGAAGUUGAAAGAAGUAGAGAAAGUAUUGAACUACGAAGCUAUGGAAAUCGAUACUUAUGAACCACAUGAAAAGUCCAACAAGAUGGAUAGCAACCACAAGGACUUAUCCACUUGUGGUAUCCUCCGUUCCAUUGGAUCAGAUUUAACGCGCAUGAGAGUGACAUCAGACACAAACCAAAAUGCUUCAAAAUUAAAGGAGCUUGGAAACACUCCCACAAGCACGCCUGCACCAGUUGCCUCGAGAGAGAGUUUCGUGCCAGGAAAUGAUAAUAACAGAGUGAAUGGAACUGCAAGCCACCUUGACGAGAUGGACGUCGAAAAGUCUACUCAAGAUAAACGAUCCAGGAAGACAAGCACGGUUAAGGAUCCCAUCCUUCAGUACACAAAGCGACAGAAAUCUCAAGAUCAGUGAAGGGUUUUAAAUAUCUGACUGGUUCAACCGUAUUCCCUUAUCAAGCUGGUGAUAUCGUGGAAUACAUCUCUCAGAUUCUUAUUUUGCACCAACCUAACGUUUUCAGGUAGAAGAUGAAUCAAACACCGAAUCCAUUAACUUCGGUUUGUUCCUAAUUACUAGUGGUUGGAUGUUAAUGUUAGAAAUCUACCAUAUAGUUUGAACAUUUGAUUAUAAUUCGCUUUCUUUGUUCAUGGCAGUCGAGUUUAGUGCAAAAUCUAUAAUAUGAUGUCCGUUUUCAACAUUGAGUUGUUCAAUGAAUACUUUUCGGAACUUAAUGUCAAUGGACAUAACGAGGACAUAACGAAAGGAGUUUCGAGACAUAUUUUCCUCCGAGUGAAAGGGGCUAUGAACUUAUAGCUGGUGGCGUGUUCGGGAAAUACUCAAAGAUGAAGGAGAAAAAUUGACCAAAGAUGAGCGAAGCAUUGAAAAAUAAGCAGGGACUCACCAUAUCUUGUAAAAUUGUGAAUAACUUUUUUAGGGCUUAUCUGGACGGUCGUUAAAGAAAGCAUAGCAUUGGAAUUUAGAACAAAACUGACGUUCAAUAAAUCAUUUGGAAUUGUGAUAGCUAUGCUGGAGGAGGCAGCUGACUGAUUUGAGCCAUCCCAAUGGAGCUGGGAAUUGUGGCGGUCGAAGGUGCGGGGCAACUCCCAUCUCCUUGGUCUUCCGGCACCGAUCUUUCACCGCAUACAGGUGCUCUCUAAAUCUCCCAUCUCUCUCCUUCGGAUCCUCCAUCAUUCUCACCUUCUCAGUAUUAAAUUUUCUGCAUACUCCAUUCCAAACUUCAUCUCCUCUCCUCUUCUUGAAUUAUUUUUACUAUUUCCGAGCAGUUAAAAACCCUAACUUCAGAAGCCACCAAAGAGGGAGAGAGAGAGUCAUAGGUAAUCCAAGGAUCGGAAAAUUUUUUAAAAAGAAACAAAGCAAAUAAAUGGAUUAAAUUGAAGGAAUUCACAAUCGACUUCCAAAGUUCUGGGGUUGUACUGUACUGGUGUGCUCCUCCUUCGGUGCUUCCAGAUAUCAUGGGCCUGAGCAGUUCUUAAUUAGGCCCAAAGAGAUCAUGGGCCUGAAUCUCUCCGCCCCUCGGGUCCAAAUCUUUCACAACUCUUCCUCUUCCAAAAGUUCCUUCUCUCUUUCUCUCUCUCCUUCUCUUCUUCUUUUGGAGAAGGGGGCCAGAAAUUUUCCAUAACGGCGGAACUUUAUGUUCAAACAUUUUACAGGUUUUUCUUCUUUCAUUUUUUAAAUCAAAGGAAAAUUAAAAGAAGAAC